UCAUCGCGUGUGUUUGUUUAUUUGUGAUUUUUCUGAAUGGUCAAUGUGGUUUUAAAGAGUUUGUAUAUAAUGUGGUAAAUUUGUGUUCGUUAUAGAAAGGGUUAAACCAUUUUAUUUGAAAUUAUCUAAGGAUUAAGAGUAAAAGUAUAUUUUGCAAAGUAAAGGGCGAGUAGUAUAUUAUGAGUAAUAUUUGACAGUGCAGCGGUUACUAUGUUUAUAUCCUUAGUAUGUUGGUUUCAGCUUGUGUGCAAGAGAAGACGUUUUAUUACAGAAAUUUGAACUUAAGUGAAUGUAUUUAAGUACUGUAGAACGAGAAUUCUGUUCUUCUGAUGUAAUAUUAUGUGAAGUGGUGUGAGGUGACGAAUGUUAAAUACAUAGCGUCGUUUUUAAUUGUUCAAGGAAAAAACAUUUUUUCAUAUAAUGUAAUAGAAGCAUGUCCGGUAUAUUUGGAUAUUCAAACGGAUUUGGUCGCAGAGUAACCGCUCAUGGAUCGGAGCUGAGUCCAUUCUGCACGAGCCCUAGUCACUUAGAAAAUGUCAGAGAAUCUCAUAGUUUAACUUUUACUUCACCUUUAUCAAAUCAGCUGGGUUUGCGAGCGAAGGAUAAUUCCGAUUUAACUCGCGGAUCUAUGCGAGAGCAGGAGGAACAGCUGAAUAUAUUGCGUAAAGAAAAUUUUAAUUUGAAAUUGCGUGUAUAUUUUCUAGAGGAACAAAAAUCGGAGAACACCAGUUAUGAAGCAUGCAACAAGCAAAAUAUUGAACUUAAGAUUGAAAUAGAGACUUUGAAAGACGAAAUUGAUGAAAAACAAAAAAUAUUAGAACAAGCAGCACAAGCGAUUGAGGCAAUGGAAGAGAAUCAAACAGAAAUGAAAACUAAAUUUGAUGAGAAGGUUCAAGAACUUCAAAAUAAGAUUUCUGAUUUGGAGGAUGGCCAAAGAUCUAGUGGUUAUUGUAACAGUUGUAACAGUGAUUGUAAAGAAGUUGAGAAUAAUAUUCCUAGUACUAUAAAUUCAGUAAGAUCCUGCAGUUCGUCAUUUGAAUUACGAGAUGACAUGUUUAAGAAACAGAACAUAGUGUCUGAUUUAGAGAAUAAGAUUAUGGAUUUACAAGCAGAUUUGAUGAAACGCGAUGGAGUAAUAGCUGACAUUAGGAAUAAGUUAGAUUCUCAAAUUGGAAUUUCAAAUAAUUUGGAAUUACUUUUGGAGCAAAAUGGAAUGACUAUAGCCGAAUUACAGCUGAAAGUUUCAAGUUACAAGUCACAAAUUUGUGAACUGGAAGAAUGCUUGGAUCUUAAGGAUAAUGAAUUAAAGACAGUUCAACAAAAGUUAAAUACCAUCCAGCAUGGAGAACCCAAUCUUGUAGAAAACCGUGCUAAUGAUUUUAAUAGAAUACAAGAAAUCAUGCAUUUGAAUGAGUUGGUUGCAAAACGAGAUUCUAUAAUUAAAAAACACGAAGAAGCUCAUAGAUGUGCUUGCAAAGUUAUACAGUCAUUCAUGCAAAAAAAUAAGGAGAUGAGCAGAGAGCUGGACACAUUAAAGAGAACACAGCCCCAUAUGUCAGCUACUACAGCAUCUGAAUCAGAAAACUCAAGUGGUCAGUCACAAACUUUCUCAAACUUUUGUAAACAUGGCAAAAACACUAAUUCACCAUAUCUUUCUGAAGAUGCUCGUCAUGAAAGAGAGAUAGAUAUAGAGCUUCUUGAAAGCUUUUAUAAAAAGUGCUUAUCCAAGGGUGAUUCUAAAUCAACAACUAAGUCUGCUAAUUCGAAUCCACUGAUGACUAAGAGCGGCGUAGAACAAAACUUGGAUACUGAUGGUGGUUUAUCGCUGCAUGUUGAAUUAGUUCAAGAAAAUAAAAAAUUAUUAAGACAAAUUGAAGAACUUCGAAAUGAAAUUAGAAAUGUACCAGAGAAGGAAAAUAAUGACACAAUAAAACAAUUACAUGAAGAACUUGCUCAAUGUAAAAAUGAAUAUGAUAGUGUAAAAGCUGAAUUAAAAACUUUGCAAAUUAGUUCAGAAAAUGUCAAUGUAGACAAUACUCAUUGGCAAGAUAUUUGUUUGACAUUGAAGGGACAUCUGGAAGAGCUAGCUGGUUUUUUGAAAUCACUUCUUAGAUCUGAUUUGAAUUUAAGUCUUCCUGAUGAUAAGUUCGAAAAGAUCAAGCUGGCAGUUGAUAAGAGUUUAGAUCUAUCCAGAUCAGUUAGUUUAUCGGUGUCUGGAAUUAUGAAAGAAGGCAAUAGUUUAGCCCAGUUAAGUUCUUUGACAGCAUACUUAGACACAAGUGCCCUUAGUGGCAUAGAAAGGUUAAGUGGAGAAUCAACUAACGAUAAUAUUAUAUUAGAUCAAGCAGAGACUAUAAGUCAUCUGAAAAACACAAUAGUUGAUUUAAAGAAACAACUUAACAAUAGGCAUUCUUUCAAAUUUAAGUCAGAUACCCGACCCAAUCAAGAGUCAUCAGAAUCUGAAGCUUGGUCAGAACCAGAUAGAAAUAUUUCAUUUUCAAGAAUGGGAUUAAAAGAACCGGCGUCCACAUCACCAAGUACUUCACCAAGGCGUAAAUCUAAUUCUUUUAAAGCUAACCAAAAAAUUUUCAGUCGAAAACUUGCCAUGGAGGAAUCACAUCAAGAUGUGGCCGCAUUACAAAAUACUAUCAAAUUAUUAGAGGGUCGUAUUGCUGAAAAUGAUAAGAAGCUCUUAGAACGUGAAUGUGAUAUGCUAAAAGCAGAUAAUGAAUUCAGCCAUGAAAAGCUUAAAUUUGCUUCAGAAUUGGAGGAUUAUAAACUUCAAAAACUUCAAUGUGAUAAUACGUUGAAAGAGACACUUCACAAAUUAUCAGCAUCAGAAGCGAACAUUGUCGUAUUGAGAGAACAGAUUCAUCAGAUGUGUAAAACUUUAUCUCAAUCUGAAAUGAACAACAAAGAGAAAGAACUUAAGUUUGCUCUGUUUGAUGACCAGAUAAACACAAUGAAAUCUGAAAUGGAAAUUAAAGAUGCUGAUUUACGAUUUGCUGAAGAAAAUUUAAGAUGUUUACAACAUGAUAUGAAAGAUUUAUCUGAUAGGUUCACUAAACUUAAAGAUGAAAAUGAGAAAUUGACAUUGGCAUUUAAGGAAAGCCUUCAAGUCAACGAAGAAUUUUGCAUGCAAAUCAAGUCUCUCACAAAAGAAAAGAAUGAUUAUGUUGAAAGUCAUCUGAAUGAAGUUGGUAGUUUAAAGAAAAAGUUUGAUGAUGAUAUUUCAAAGAACUGGGUAGCAAAAAUAGAUUAUGAGUCCAAAUGUGAUGAAGUAGAAGCUGUACUUAUUUUAUUAGGAGAAAAGGAAACAGAACUUAUACAUCAGCAAACAGAAGAACAAGAAAAAUUGAGGCAGCUUAAAACUGAAUAUCAAAUGCAAAUAGACGAAAUGAAAUGUAAAGAAGCUGAUUUGCUUCAAAAGCUUCUUGAGAAAGAGGCUGAUUAUAAGACUUUAUGCCACAAUGUGGAUCAGUUAACUGUGCAAAUGUCAGAAGCGACUAUUGAUAAAUCAAAGGCAUCCAAAGAAAAAAUGCAGUUAGAAAAACAAUUAUCCUUACUUAAGUCUCAUUAUGAAAAGAAAGUGAGAGAAAUGCAAUUAAAAAUAAGUGAAUUAGAAAAGGAAUCUGCAGAAAAUAAAAAUAAAUUAAUUACACUACAAACAUCCAACAAACGAUUACUUGAACCAUUUUGUGGCACUUCUAAUGAGAAUUCUUCAGAUGAAGGAGCACAUGAUGACAGACUUGGUGUUUCAUCACCUGAUCUAGGAAUUGAUAGCGACCAAGGCAAUAUGUCAAAUAACGAACUAAUUUCUAUUGAAAGGCCUCUUUUGAAAACCUUAGAACUGACAAAGUCGAUGACAAAUAUCUUAGAUUUUCAUAAGCAUGAUCAAGAUGAAGACAAAGUCAAGAUUCUGGAACAGGAAAAUAUCGCUUUGCGCAAAAAAAUUGUAAAAAUGCGACACACUUUGCAGGAGGCUCUAGGCCAGAUUGUUGCAGCUAACAAGAAAAAGCGGCAAGUUGAAAAGGACAUCGCCGAGCAGUUGUGCAAAACUCAUGGUGUACUCCGGCAAGUUAGAACUAACCUUGAAUCAAAUGCCAAUAAGUGAAUUGAAAUAUUAUUGUUUUUAACUGUAUAUAAUUGCGUGUGUGCUUGGUUAUUAGGACAUUACCUGAAUUAUGAUUGUGUGUUUAAACUUGGUUAUUAGGACAUUACCUGAAUUAUGAGUGUGUGUUUAUAAAAAAAUUUUAUUAUGUGUAAAUAUAUAUCAAGUGUAUAAUAAAUUUUUUAUG